CACUGACAGACAAGCAUCAGGUGUACAAGGUUGAGACCGUGGGCGAUGCAUACAUCGCGGGACAGGCAGACCCACCGUUGACGCAGAAGAACCACCCUGUGAGCGUGGUCCUUUUCGGACUAGAGAUGGUGAGCGAGGUUCAUAGCUGGGCGGCAGACAAAGGUUGGAGCGUGAGCUGCCGAGUUGGUAUUGCACACGGGGCAUGCAUCGGUGGCAUUGUGGGUACGGAGAUGCAAAGGUAUCAUCUCUUUGGCGAGCUCAUGUCUGCCCUGGAGGUGCUGGAAUCCACAGCUCCGGAAGGCUGCGUGCAGGUGAGCACUGCGUGCAAGGAGAUAGUAGAGGAGCAGAUGCGCAACGAGGGCAUCCCCAGCCGCUUGGUGAGCUUCGAGCCGCGGGACCUGGAGCACCUCCUCACGUCCAAAGGUGACGUGAUCCCCCUUGAGAAGGCGGGCGGUCCAACUUUCGUGGUGCGCAGCAACUCCAAGUUCCAAGGCUGGAUUGGCUCCUGAACCUGUGAGAAGCUUCCGCCGCACAAAGGGUUGCAACGGAGUUUGAUCGUUGGAGGGGAGUGGAC